GGAUCUCCGAAACACGUUAGACUUGGUGACUUGGACCUCUCGACUGACACUGAUGAGGCAGAUCCCCAACAAUUCACAAUAAAAAGAAGCAUUCCUCAUCCAAGGUAUGAACCUCCGUCGAAAUACCACGACAUUGGUCUAGUUGAACUGGAUAGGCCAAUAAACAAAACGGAAUACGUAUCCAUGGCGUGUCUGCUCACUGAGAGACAACACGAGGAAAACGUCAUGUUAGCUACCGGAUGGGGAAAAGUGGAAUUCCAAGGAGAUUCAAGUAAUAUUCUCUUGAAAGCUAAUUUGACAAUUGCCCCACAUGAUAAGUGUCAAGCUGCCUAUAAGUCUUCCAAUAAACUUCUUUUGGCUAGAGGGAUUGUGGAUGAUAUGAUGAUUUGCGCUGGGGAUAAUCAAACUGACACUUGCCAGGGAGAUUCCGGAGGACCUUUGCAGCUCCCGAAUCGAGUUGUUCGUACUAAAAUAAAAGUUUAUAACAUAAUCGGUGUUACAUCGUUCGGGAAAGUAUGUGGAAUCUCGAACUCACCAGGAGUAUACACCAGAGUAUUUCACUAUCUGGAUUGGAUUGAAAAGACUGCUUGGCCCAACGAAUAAAUAGUUUCAACUUGAGAAUGCCACAAAUUCAACUUUUAAUAAUAUUACACAUUUUUUCGAAUGAGUUAUUUCACUUCGAGAUUUUCCUGCAUGAAUGAAAUAAGCUACACUUGGAUCGGAAACAAUAUAUAGACUCAACUGAGGGGUAAUUUGUUCUAUCGGUAGUUCUAAUAACAAAAAAACAAGCCCAAAGUGAGUUUUUCAUCAUAGUUUUUUCUGAUUGACUCGGCCGUUACUUGAUGAAGGUCCAUAGUAAUUUCACAAACUACACCAUAAAUGAUUUGAUCUCCACAAACUUCAUUUCUAAAAACAUCACACCUACAGCUCCAACUGAUCACUAAUUCCUGUCUAGGUGUGGCGUAAUUCCGUGAGUAAUAUUAGGGUGAAUAUUAUCUUGCAAUAAAAUCAACUCGAAUUUUGUGAACUUGUGUAAUAUUUAUUGAAAAUUGUUUCAAUGAAAAUGAUCUAGAAAUAGAGGUGCUGUUUCCAUUUGCCAAAGAUCAUCAGUACUUCGCUGGUUCGUGAACUGACCUGUUUUCAAUAAGAACAAUCAAUCUUAUGUGGAAAGUUAAAAAGACGAUUUCUCUCAGAAGGAUGUCAAUCUUCGAAAUAAAAUUCAAACCUCUUUCAACGACUAACAAAGGUCAGAAGGGCUUUAUGAUUUUGGUAUUAUCCAGUUGCCUGUGAAGUGAGAGUUGCAGAAAUAAUACGCUUUUACUCCUGUGUAUUCUAUGUGUAUUCUGAAGUUAUAAACGAUAAAAUUAAAUGUAUUUCAUUGG